AUGGUGAGACCCCAGGGUCCUUCAACCAUGCCUAAGAAACCCAAACGCGUGAGAACCGCAUUCACGACGGAUCAACUGCUAGCUCUCGAAAAUGAGUUUAAGCUGACUCCGUUUUUGUCCCGGACGUCGCGGCUGCAACUCGCCGAAACAUUGCAACUCAAUGAGCGUACCGUAAAAAUUUGGUUCCAAAAUCGGCGCAUGAAGGAAAAAAAGGAUCGGGCAGAGAGCCAAAGCUCUUCUUCAGAAAGUCCUGAAAAUACUCAAAGUCAGAUAGUGCACUAUCAACCCGUACCGCCGAGUUACCCUGAUGUUGCUACCGCGUCUAACCUCGCAGAACAGUAUCCAUGUUCCCAGUACGGGUGUGGGGAUGCUCAUUCUAUAAUUUCUCCUGGCAAUAUGCAUACAGAACCUUUCCAACAUGAAGGGCCACUUCGACCUCAGAUAGAAAUAAGUCUGCCUUUCCCAGAGCUUCCGGCUCCAGAUGCUCCCAGUGAACUAAACAACUUCUUGUGGUCCGAUGAAUCGGAUGAACAACUGAUAUUGACUCCGUUGUAA